UCUUGUGUAUGUCCGUCCCUCUCUUUCUCUCUUUCACUCGCCAUGUUGUUGUGAGUCUUCCUCACGGCGGCGGCGGCGGCGGUGGAGGGGGAGGGGCGGCGGUGGCGUUGUGAAGGCGAGGGUGGCAGCUGGGUAGUUACAGGCAAGGGUGGUCCCGGAGGAGGAGGAGAAGAAAGAGGAGGUGCCCUCUCCGCGUCCGUUACAGAGAGCAGCAGCAGCAGCAGCGCCGCCAGACCAGCCCGUUCGCUCUGUGGAUGAAAUGAAUCAUGAGUUUCAAGCUCUUGCACUAGAAUCUCGGGGAAUGGGAGAGCUGCUACCUGCCAAAAAAUUUUGGGAACCAGAUGAUCCAGCAAAGGAUGGACAAAAAGGCAUAUUCCUUGGUGAUGAAUGGAGAGAAACUGCCUGGGGAACACCUCAUCACUCCAUGUCCCAACCUAUUAUGGUUCAGAGAAAGCCUGGACAUGUUUUUCAUGGCAACAGUGAAGUGAAUGCUGUCUUAUCUCCUCGAUCAGAGAGUGGUGGCCUCGGUGUGAGCAUGGUAGAAUAUGUGUUAAGUUCUUCUCCAGCAGAUAAAUUGGACUCCCGGUUCAGGAAAGGAGCUUUUGGCACUAGAGAACCUGAAACAGAUGGACCCGAGAAAGGAGACCAGAAAGGCAAGUCUUCCCCAUUUGAGGAGGACAAAAACAGAGAUCUUAAACAAGGAGAUGAUGACGAUGUUACUAAAAUAAAUGGUAGAGGUUUGCCGAAUGGAAUGGAUGCCGAUUGCAAAGACUUUAACAGUCGUACUCCUGGAAGUCGGCAAGCCUCCCCAACUGAAGUAACUGAGCGCCUGGGACCCAACCCAAGCACUGCCGAAGGACUGGCUUCCCUUCCUAAUCCUACAGCCCAUAAGCCUCUGGUAGAAGAGUUUUCGAACUCUGAAUCUCAGAAUUUAGAUACUAUGGAACAAGUUGGUCUAGAUUCUCUGCAGUUUGAUUAUCCCGGGAAUCAGGUACAAAUGGACUCUUCAGGAGCUACUGUGGGACUUUUUGAUUACAGUUCACAACAGCAGCUUUUCCAGAGGACUAAUGCUCUUACUGUUCAGCAGUUAACAGCAGCCCAACAACAACAGUACGCACUGGCAGCAGCUCAGCAACCUCAUAUAGGUGUAUUUUCAGCAGGCUUGGCUCCAGCUGCUUUUGUGCCAAACCCAUACAUUAUCAGUGCUGCGCCACCAGGUGCUGACCCAUAUACUGCAGCAGGCUUAGCUGCAGCAGCCACACUAGCAGGACCAGCAGUGGUUCCUCCUCAGUAUUACGGCGUUCCUUGGGGAGUAUAUCCAGCCAAUUUGUUUCAGCAGCAAGCAGCAGCUGCAGCAAACAACACAGCCAAUCAACAGGCUGCAUCACAGGCACAACAGGGACAGCAGCAGGUUCUUCGUACUGGAGGAAGUCAGCGCCCGCUUACUCCCAAUCAGGGUCAGCAAGGGCAGCAGGCAGAGUCACUUGCAGCAGCUGCGGCAACAAAUCCAGCUUUGGCUUUUGGUCAGGGUCUUGCCACAGGCAUGCCAGGCUAUCAAGUGUUAGCCCCCACUGCCUAUUACGAUCAGACGGGUGCCUUGGUGGUAGGUCCUGGAGCCAGAACUGGACUUGGAGCACCUGUCAGGUUGGUGGCUUCGACACCUGUGAUCAUCAGUUCUGCAGCUGCACAAGCAGCUGCAGCAGCCUCAGCCGGAGGAACAGCAAACAAUCUUACAGGAGCCACAAAUGGGCUUUUUCGGCCCCUGGGUGCCCAGCCGCAACAGCAGCAACAGCAGACAAACAGUAACCUGCAGUCUAAUUCAUUUUAUGGCAACAAUGCUUUGACCAAUAACUCCCAGAGCAGUUCACUUUUUUCCCACGGUCCUGGCCAGCCAGGAAAUACAUCCCUUGGUUUUGGAAGCAGCAGUUCUUUAGGUGCUGCUAUUGGCUCAGCACUUGGUGGAUUUGGAUCAUCAGUUGGCAGUUCUGCAAGUAGUAGUGCCACAAGGAGAGAGUCUCUAUCUACUAGUUCUGACUUGUACAAAAGAUCUAGUAGCAGCCUAGCACCCAUAGGGCAGCCAUUUUACAAUAGUCUGGGAUUUUCCUCCUCUCCAAGCCCAAUAGGCAUGCCUCUGCCAAGCCAAACUCCAGGACAUUCACUUACGCCACCGCCAUCACUUUCAUCACAUGGAUCCUCAUCCAGUUUGCAUUUAGGAGGACUGACCAAUGGUAGUGGUCGCUAUAUAUCUGCAGCACCUGGAGCAGAAGCAAAGUAUCGCAGUGCAGCAAGUACCUCCAGUCUCUUUAGCUCCAGCAGCCAGUUGUUUCCUCCCUCACGUCUUCGUUACAGUAGGUCUGACAUUAUGCCCUCUGGACGUAGUCGGUUACUGGAAGAUUUCCGAAACAAUCGCUUUCCUAAUCUUCAGUUGCGAGACCUGGUUGGACACAUAGUUGAGUUUUCACGAGACCAGCAUGGUUCUAGGUUUAUCCAGCAGAAGCUAGAAAGAGCUACUCCAGCCGAGCGCCAAAUGGUAUUCAGCGAGAUUCUGCAAGCAGCAUAUCAGCUGAUGACUGAUGUGUUUGGAAACUAUGUCAUACAGAAGUUCUUUGAGUUUGGAAGCAUUGACCAGAAGCUAGCACUUGCAACACGCAUCCGUGGACAUGUUCUCCCAUUAGCUCUCCAGAUGUAUGGUUGUCGUGUCAUUCAGAAAGCACUAGAGUCUAUCUCACCUGACCAGCAGGUAAUUAAUGAAAUGGUGAAGGAGCUGGAUGGUCACGUCCUGAAAUGUGUGAAGGAUCAAAAUGGAAACCAUGUGGUACAAAAGUGUAUUGAAUGUGUUCAGCCACAAUCACUCCAAUUUAUUAUUGAUGCUUUCAAAGGACAGGUGUUUGUGCUUUCAACUCAUCCUUAUGGCUGUAGAGUAAUUCAGCGUAUUUUGGAGCAUUGCACUGCUGAGCAGACUUUGCCCAUUUUAGAAGAACUGCAUCAACAUACAGAACAGCUUGUGCAGGAUCAAUAUGGAAAUUAUGUUAUCCAACAUGUGCUGGAACAUGGGCGUCCUGAAGACAAGAGUAAAAUUGUUUCCGAAAUCAGAGGAAAAGUUCUAACUCUAAGUCAGCAUAAAUUUGCCAGUAAUGUGGUAGAAAAAUGUGUAACCCAUGCAUCUCGUGCUGAAAGAGCUUUGCUCAUUGAUGAGGUGUGUUGCCAGAACGAUGGUCCUCACAGUGCCUUAUACACCAUGAUGAAGGACCAGUAUGCAAACUACGUUGUUCAGAAGAUGAUUGAUAUGGCUGAACCUGCUCAGCGUAAGAUUAUAAUGCACAAGAUUCGGCCUCAUAUUACAACCCUGCGUAAAUAUACUUAUGGCAAACACAUCCUUGCCAAGCUGGAGAAGUAUUACCUGAAGAACAGUGCUGAUCUGGGGCCGGUUGGGGGGCCACCAAAUGGAAUGCUUUAAAGACAAAUUCAAGCAGCAAUCUGGAAGAUAAAUUUUAUUGUGAAUGAUCAAAACACACAACUUAACUGAAAAUGUUGUGUUUUUUAAAAAAAAUAUCUAUUUAUUGACUUUUCAUCCAUUUGUAAAAAUUUUAUUCGUGUGUAUAUUUUUGGGGAAUGAAUUGCAACAUAUUGCCAUUUCAUAUCAGAGACCUAUCAGAUUGCAUGGCUCACAAAGCACAGAAUGCCUGUAAAUGAUGUACCUAUCAGAAUAGCUCUCACAUUUUGUAAAUUUUUACCUUGUAAAGUCACUGAAUAAAAUAGUUUUUAAAGGGAAAAAGUACAGUAUUCUUUUAAUAUACUGGCUUACAAUCUGGUAGGUCUACCCAACACCACAGCACAACAUAUUUAUAUAGUUGUAUAUAGAAUUAGUUUUCAUUUCUUCCCUUUGUGUGAAACCUUUUUUAUAACAGUUGAAAAUAGAGCAAUUACAUAGUUAUUAUUUAACAUGUUCCAGAAUGUUAAGUUCUGUAUUUUGGUGGUUCACAAUUUGUAAUCCAAAUAGCAAUCGGGGCACUGAAGAUACCAGUAAGAAUGAUAAAAUGUGAACAUUAAGGAAUAGUUUCUACCUUUUUUAAUCACAGUGCCCUUUUUUCUCUAGCCGUGUAUAAAAGAUGUGUAUAUACUUAAAUAUUUAAUUGAUGUGAAGGGUAGGGGAAUAAAAUCAAGGUGGUACUUCUUUACAGCAGUGUACUGUCUGUGGGGAAAUACAUAAACUUGCAUUGAAUCAACAGGCAGACUGCCAGUGCAAGAGAAGCGUGUGUGUUGCUUUGCAUAUAUAACUAAGACAGAAUUUGAAAAUGUUGAGCAAACGUUUUGUGUUCAUGGUCAACACAAACCAUGGGUGUUUAAUGGAAGAGGGAAAGGGGUCACUGAAACUUUGAUAGCUCAACAUCUAAAG